UCCCAAUUGCGUGGAUCGAUGCUCAUGACGUCAAUCACUAGAUUGUCUGGUCCAGACUCGAUUAUUUACAGACCGCCGUCAUGUAGCUGGAAUAUUGCUGAGUGCGGCGUUAAACAACAAACCUACAAACCAACUAACCCGUGGACAAGUCGCAAACAUUCUAUAUUGUCGCCCUCAUUCCAACGGUUCACGAGUCCUGUCAGGACCCCCUAGGGAUUGCGAGGUAGAAUAAAUCUCUGCUACCAAAAGUUUGUCAUUUGAAAUGACAGGUGGUUAUUUUGUGGGACAUUGCUCCCGCUAUUGGUUUGCCUGGUCCAGACGCGAUCACUUUCAGGUCGCUUGGAUGUAACGUUAAAAUUGCUACCUGCGGCCUUAAACAAUAUUCAGUGUUAUUUCCAUAUAUCAUCCGCACACUUGCACGUGUCAAGGAAUACGUUUCUCUAGUUUAUGCAAAAAUAAAAUACGUUGGUAACAUUUAACAGUUUCGCGAGUUAAUAUAUAUCCCUGUCCAACAUCCGCUCUUUUAAACGUUAAACGACACAACUGAUGUUUGAAACUUCAUACAUAGAACAUGGCUGCCAGCGGUAUAGAUACAAUACCCGUCCUUAUAGCGGGGAUAGGAGUGAGUUAGUCGAUACUAACACUUUUUUCGCACCGGACACCAGCCAUGGACUUCACAAAUUGUACUCAUAUAGAAAUUCGAACCAAGGUCUUCAGUAUGAGAAACGUAAAUUUCCCCACCGACUUGUUGCAAGAUAUAAGUUAACUCAACUUUUGGUUAACGAGUUAAAACAUGCCAAGGUGUACUUGAUAGAAAUAUGGGCAUAUCUGUUUGUUUUCAAGCCGCUCGCAUCGCCGGCACAAGUGUGUCUCUGAUAUACAGUUACGCGGUGAACAUGUAUUUAUUCAACAUAUUAUUAUCUUUUAGAAACACAGAAAUUAAACAAAACCCGUUUAUCAUAUUUUGCCUGUUUAAAGUGUGUUGAUGUUUUAUAAGGCUGAAGAUGGACCCCAAUUGGCUUUCUGGAGAUUUUGAAUUCUUUUAUUUAUAUUUUGAAUGCCUACAUAUCAAAUUCCAACUCCGCCAGGCAAUUAGUGACCCUUCGCACAAGUUAUGAAGCACUGCCUGGUUGUAUUCCCUCCCAACAUUAGAGGUAAGGCAGUUUGGUGGGAAAGAAAGUUGAAGUCUGUCUGGGUGGCAUCCAACUAGCUAUAUAUGUCUGUAUGGCAUCCAACUACCUAUGUCUGUAUGGCAUCCAACUACCUAUGUAUGUAUGGUGUCAAACUAGCUAUGUCUGUAUGGCAUCCAACUAGCUAUGUCUGUAUGGCAUCCAACUACCUAUGUCUGUAUGGCAUCCAACUAUCUAUGUCUGUAUGGCAUCAAACUAGCUAUGUCUGUAUGGCAUCCAUCCAACUACCUAUGUCUGUAUGGCAUCCAACUAUCUAUGUCUGUAUGGCAUCCAACUAGCUUUGUCUGUAUGGCAUCCAACUACCUAUGUCUGUAUGGCAUCCAACUACAUAUGUCUGUAUGACAUCCAUCCAACUACUUAUGUCUGUAUGGCAUCCAACUCCAUAUGUCCGUAUGGCAUCCAACUACCUAUGUCUGUAUGGCAUCCAACUACCUAUGUCUGUAUUGCAUCCAUCCAACUAGCUAUGUCUGUAUGGCAUCCAACUAUCUAUGUCUGUAUGGCAUCCAACUAGCUAUGUCUGUAUUGCAUCCAUCCAACUACCUAUGUCUGUAUGGCAUCCAACUAGCUAUGUCUGUAUGGCAUCCAACUAGCUAUGUCUGUAUGGCAUCCAACUAGCUUUGUCUGUAUGGCAUCCAACUACCUAUGUUUGUAUGGCAUCCAGCUACCUUUGUCUGUAUGGCAUCCAUCCAACUACCUAUGUCUGUAUGGCAUCCAUCCAACUACUUAUGUCUGUAUGGCAUCCAACUCUAUAUGUCCGUAUGUCAUCCAACUACCUAUGUCAGUAUGGCAUCCAACUACCUGUCUGUAUUGCAUCCAUCCAACUACCUAUGUCUGUAUUGCAUCCAACUACCUAUGUCUGCAUGGCAUCCAACUAUCUGUCUGUAUGGCAUCCAACUCCCUAUGUAGGUAUGGCAUCCAACUACCUAUGUCUGUAUGGCAUCCAACUACCUAUGUCUGUAUGGCAUCCAACUACCUAUGUCUGUAUGGCAUCCAACUCCCUAUGUCUGUAUGGCAUCCAACUCCCUAUGUAUGUAUGGCAUCCAACUACCUAUGUCUGUAUGGCAUCCAACUACCUAUGUCUGUAUGGCAUCCAUCAAACUUCCUAUGUCUUUAUUGCAUCCAACUACCUAUGUCUGUAUUGCAUCCAUCCAACUACCUAUGUCUAUGGCAUCCAACUACCUAUGUCUGUAUGGCAUCCAACUACCUAUGUCUGUAUGGCAUCCAUCCAACUACUUAUGUCUGUAUGGCAUCCAACUCCAUAUGUCCGUAUGUCAUCCAACUACCUAUGUCUGUAUGGCAUCCAACUACCUAUGUCUGUAUUGCAUCCAACUACCUAUGUCUGUAUUGCAUCCAUCCAACUACCUAUGUCUGUAUGGCAUCCAACUACCUAUGUCUGUAUGGCAUCCAUCAAACUACCUAUGUCUUUAUUGCAUCCAACUUCCUAUGUCUGUAUGGCAUCCAACUACCUAUCUCUGUAUGGCAUCCAACUCCCUAUGUAUGUAUGGCAUCCAACUACCUAUGUCUGUAUGGCAUCCAUCAAACUACCUAUGUCUGUAAGGCAUCCAACUACCUAUGUCUGUAUGGCAUCCAUCCAACUACUUAUGUCUGUAUGGCAUCCAACUCCAUAUGUCCGUAUGUCAUCCAACUACCUAUGUCUGUAUGGCAUCCAACUACCUAUGUCUGUAUGGCAUCCAACUACCUAUGUCUGUAUGGCAUCCAACUACCUAUGUCUGUAUGGCAUCCAACUACCUAUGUCUGUAUGGCAUCCAACUCCCUAUGUCUGUAUGGCAUCCAACUCCCUAUGUAUGUAUGGCAUCCAACUACCUAUGUCUGUAUGGCAUCCAACUACCUAUGUCUGUAUUGCAUCCAUCAAACUUCCUAUGUCUUUAUUGCAUCCAACUACCUAUGUCUGUAUUGCAUCCAUCCAACUACCUAUGUCUAUGGCAUCCAACUACCUAUGUCUGUAUGGCAUCCAACUACCUAUGUCUGUAUGGCAUCCAACUACUUAUGUCUGUAUUGCAUCCAACUACCUAUGUCUGUAUUGCAUCCAUCCAACUACCUAUGUCUGUAUGGCAUCCAACUACCUAUGUCUGUAUGGCAUCCAUCAAACUACCUAUGUCUUUAUUGCAUCCAACUUCCUAUGUCUGUAUGGCAUCCAACUACCUAUCUCUGUAUGGCAUCCAACUACCUAUCUCUGUAUGGCAUCCAACUACCUAUGUCUGUAUGGCAUCCAUCAAACUACCUAUGUCUGUAAGGCAUCCAACUACCUAUGUCUGUAUGGCAUCCAUCCAACUACUUAUGUCUGUAUGGCAUCCAACUCCAUAUGUCCGUAUGUCAUCCAACUACCUAUGUCUGUAUGGCAUCCAACUACCUAUGUCUGUAUUGCAUCCAUCCAACUACCUAUGUCUAUGGCAUCAAACUACCUAUGUCUGUAUGGCAUCCAACUAUCUAUGUAUGUAUAGCAUCCAACUAGCUAUGUCUGUAUGGCAUCCAACUAUCUAUGUCUGUAUGGCAUCCAACUAGCUAUGUCUGUAUGGCAUCCAACUAGCUAUGUCUUUAUGGCAUCCAACUACCUAUGUCUUUAUGGCAUCCAUCCAACUACCUAUGUCUGUAUGGCAUCCAACUACCUAUGUCUGUAUGGCAUCCAACUACCUUUGUCUGUAUGGCAUCCAACUACCUAUGUCUGUAUGGCAUCCAACUACCUAUGUAUGUAUGGCAUCCAACUACCUAUGUCUGUAUGGCAUCCAACUACCUAUGUCUGUAUGGUAUCCAACUACCUAUGUCUGUAUGGCAUCCAACUACCUAUGUCUGUAUUGCAUCCAACUACCUAUGUCUGUAUUGCAUCCAUCCAACUACCUAUGUCUGUAUGGCAUCCAACUACCUAUGUCUGUAUGGCAUCCAUCAAACUACCUAUGUCUUUAUUGCAUCCAACUUCCUAUGUCUGUAUGGCAUCCAACUACCUAUCUCUGUAUGGCAUCCAACUACCUAUCUCUGUAUGGCAUCCAACUACCUAUGUCUGUAUGGCAUCCAUCAAACUACCUAUGUCUGUAAGGCAUCCAACUACCUAUGUCUGUAUGGCAUCCAUCCAACUACUUAUGUCUGUAUGGCAUCCAACUCCAUAUGUCCGUAUGUCAU